AUGGUACGGUAUGAAGGCCAGGCCUUCUAUCCCAUGUACAGAUUAUCAUCAAUCAGCCAGUUUUCAAUCACUGCUGAAUCUCCCGGCUCACUAGCUGAUGCCGUGUGGGGAAUGGGCUACUGGCCCGCAACAGGAACAUCUGAUGAUCUUCUAGUACCAUGUUUCGAUAUGGAGGCAAUACGAUCUGCUCCUAUCCAUAGGCAAGGUUCAAUUUGUUCAACGAUUGGCAUAGAUGUGAACAUACCUCCUCCACCUGAUGAACCGUCACAUAGAGGACAUACGACUCCCGUUGGAAUUUGUUGUACCUAA